AACCAACCAAAACAAUAAUAGACGAAAGAUGGGCAGUAAAGAAACGCCGGAUUUAAAAAUUAUACUGGAAUUCGGAGCUGGGGCAGAGUUGCUAUUUGGAAAUAUCAAAAAGCGACAACUUUCGCUGAACGGUGCACAAAAAUGGACAAUUGCGGAGUUGCUUAAAUGGAUGCAUGCGAACAUCUUAACAGAGCGUGCCGAGCUCUUCAUACAGGGAGACACUGUACGACCCGGCAUUCUGGUGCUGAUCAACGAUACGGAUUGGGAGCUACUGGGAGAGCUGGAAUAUGAGCUGCAACCGAAUGACAACGUCCUCUUUAUAUCUACACUGCACGGCGGCUAACUGCAACUUUAUGUUUACUAAUAUAUGUUAUUUGUAAUAAAAAAAAUAUUAGAUAUAAAACUUAAUAUAAAUCAGAAUUACGUCCCUCUACCA